AUGAGGCUUAUUAACGUGCAAAGUCGUCAACUUGAAGAGUUUCAAGGGAGAAAUUUAGGGAAGAUUUUCCCACCAUAUGUUAUCCUAUCCCACACAUGGGGUCCAGAGGAAAUCAGCUUUGAGGAUCUCAGCCUUGGUCUCGAAAACGCCAAAAGGAAGUGCGGGUAUAAGAAGUUCGAUUCUGCUUGCACCGUUGCUUUAAAGAACGGAUUCACUCAUCUAUGGAUGGAUACCUGCUGCAUCGAUAAGUCAAGCAGUGCUGAACUGUCCGAGGCCAUCAACUCUAUGUUCCGAUGGUACAAAAGAGCCAAGAUUUGCUAUGCAUAUUUGGAAGACGUUGGCUCAGAAUCCGAAGAUGAAGAGCAGCGAGAGUCUGCCUUUGCAAAAAGCCGAUGGUUCACUCGGGGGUGGACCUUACAAGAACUCAUUGCUCCUCCCGAAAUCUGGUUCUUCUCAAGAGAAUGGAAUGGCCUUGGAAAACGGAGCGAUUUAGCCGGAGCUCUCAGCAGCGCCACCGGUAUCGAUCCAUAUAUCCUCACGACAGGCAGAAAAGCUCUACGACGAACAAGCAUGGCGGAGCGAAUGUCCUGGGCCGCGAAGCGAGAAACCACCAGACCAGAAGAUAUUGCAUACUGUCUCCUGGGUAUCUUCGACGUGAACAUGAAUCUAUUGUACGGAGAAGGGAAAACGAAAGCAUUCAUUCGACUACAGGAAGAGAUCCUCAAGAGAUACCCCGACCAAUCCAUGCUCGCGUGGACUCCGAAAAAGCUCCACCGACUUGGUCUCAGAGGUCCUCUCGCACUCCACCCGAAAGAAUUUGAAGAUUCUGCAAAUUUCAUGCCAGUCCCAUUCCGUUAUCGGGACUUUGCCAUCACGGAAAUGGGUCUCCAAAUCACACUCAAUGUG